GGAUUUACCUCUGGUUAUCCUUAUUUGAAAGGUCAUAUUCAAAGCCUGCAUGCUAUUGGUGCCAGUAGACAAGUAACACCCGAUGAAUCUUUCAAUGCAACUUUUGAUGGGUUGGCAUCUCAUUUGAAGCAGAUUGAUGACUCUUCUGAGAGAGCUCAAACUAUUCGAUUGGGAAUGAAAUCAGCACCUCAUAUACCCAAAACUUCUCCCGAUAAUGACUUUUCUUCCGAGACUUCUUUCCCAAGUAGUUCCACUGGCAACCAAAACCAUGCACGUGAUCCAGCCCUCAGUUUCCAGUGUUGGAGGCUAUGUCAGUUUCUCAACCAUAUGCUGCUGAAUCUUCUCAGCAAGGAGCUAAAUUUUCUCUGACCUUGCAAAAUUUGUUGGAUCCCCAUAGUAACUCGGGAACAACUCUUCCCGGAACAGAGAAGCUAGAUGAUCAAAUUGCUCAGACAGGAAAUAGUAGCCAAUCUGAGUUCCAUGCAGACUGUGCUAAACCACAAAGCUUUGUUGGAGAAGAGAAACCAGCAAAAGCCCAGCUGGUAUUGCAGAAGAAUAAUGAGAUCCAAAAUCCUGCAAGUAUGCCAAAGGAAAUUGAAGCUUUUGGCCGUUGUUUAAGACCAAACUAUUCCUUGUUGCAUCAGGUGCAGGCUAUGAAAAAUACAGAGGUUGAUCCUAGUGAUAGGAGUGUUAAAAGAUUUAAAGGUCCACCUUCAGACUCUAGGUUGGAUGCUCAGCAGUUAAGUUCCCAAGGCGUGGAGCAAUUAUCUUAUGUAUCAAAUUCUAUGAUGGAAGAUGCCCUGGUUGGUCGUCCUUUAAUUCCUUCUGGAGAUUCUCAAAUUCGAAGCUCUUUACCAAAUACAGGAGAUAACCAUGAGACACAUUUGUCUGCUAAUACUAUGCUGCCAUUUGUUCGGAAUGUUUCCCAACAUUUCUCCAAUUCUGAUAAUUCAACUGCUAAUAUCAGUGGUCAACACUCUUGGAUCAGUCCCCAGAUGGCUCCAUCCUGGUUUGAUCAGUAUGGGGCAAUUAAAAAUGGGAAAAUGUUGCCCAUAUAUGAUGCUCGGAAAAUUGCCAUUAUGAAUGCUACAGAAAAAGCAUUCAUUGUUGGUCAGUCUUCUGACAGUUUGCAUGUCCAUACAAGUGAGCAGUUUACUACUGCCACUGAUACUAGUCCUCUGGAAAAAGUCCGGCAAAGCUCAAAUUUUAUGCCAAUAGCAAGUGAGUUUAUCUCCCCUCAAUCACUGCCACCUGAUAUUGUGAACCAGAAUUUGGUUGUGAGAAGAAAGAAGCUCAAAAGUAUGAUAUACGAGUUUCUACCAUGGCAUAAAGAAGUGACCCAGGGUUCUCAAGGGCCUCAGGACAUCAGUGUGGCAGAAGGGGAGUGGGCUCAUGCAGCAAGUCAAUUGAUUGAGAAGGUUGAAAAUGAAUCUGAAAAUUUUGAAGAUUGGUGGCCACCAGUGCUUAGAUCAAAAAGAAGGAUUGUUUCAACCACACAGCUUAUGCAGCAGCUCCUCCGUGCUCCUCCUAGGGUAGUUCUUUCUGCAGAUGCCAUCAAAAACUAUGAGACUCUGGCCUAUUUUGUUUCUAGAUCAGUUUUAGGAGAUGCAUGCAGCACGGCAUAUAUACCUGAAAGUGAUACAGCUGCUCCUCCUGAGAGUGUAAGCAUUCUCUCUGAAAAGCUUAGGGAGGAGAGAAAUCAAUCCAUCUUAAAGGCUGCAGAAGAGUUUAUCAUCAGGGCAAAGAUGCUGGAAAAUGUUUUACACAGUCUGGGCAAAAGAGCCUCAAUCUUGGACUUAAGACUGGAAUGUCAGGAUCUAGAGAAGGUUUCAGUCAUCAAUCGUUUCGCCAAGUUCCAUAGCCGGGGGCAAGCUGAUGGGGCUGAGACCUCAUCAUCCUCGAAUGUAAUUACGAGCUCUCACAAAUUCUCCCAAAGAUAUGUUAUCGCACUACCGAUCCCUAAGAAUCUCCCUGGUAGGGUACAAUGUCUUUCGCUUUGAUUAUUAGUUGAUCCCCACCCUUUUUUUUUUG